UGCGAGGGCACGGUGAAACUGUCAACUACACGGGCACUGGCAGGUCCCUUCUUCAGCUUAACUUGUGAACAACAGUCAUCCAAAUCAAACACUAUCAUGGCUAUCGGUUACUAUACAUUGUUUUUCAAAUCGACGAUUGACUUUUAACAAGUGCAGAUUUCAUAGAGAUUGCAUUCUUGCUGCGUCGUUAAUGAAGAAUCGUGGAUUUACUUGGCGAAAGUUUAUAUGCCUGAAGUGCAUCGUAUUUUAUUAUCGAUAUUAAUAUUAAUGAUGUGCAUAAAUUCAAGUUCUAUACUGUAAUAACGAAAGUGACAUUUGUGUUCACACAAGUGCUAUAUAAUUUUAUAACCGUUUUUAUUACAUUUAUAAUGUUAUGUCAACGUUAACAUAAGAUUUGGAGACACGAAUAAAGUGAGGGAAUUUAUUGCAAUUAAAGAUAAAUCAAUAUGAGUGACCGUAUUUCUUAUCCUGAUUAUAAUCGAUGCUAGUAACAUUUAAAAACUAAUCACCGGAAAGAAGUGAUCAGUACAAGAACGUAGCGACUCUUCUUUAUUCGCCCUAGUGCAGUUCAUUUCCAAUUGUGCUAUUGAUACGGUGGAUUUUAGAGAUUUACAGUACAGACAUUUAAGUAAUAUAGAUAGCAGAGGAGGGGAUUACAUCCGUCCCGUAAACGUUCCGUAAAGGGAGACACAUGUACAAGUCUAAUGAUUGCAUUUAAUGGAUGUUUGUGCUUAUAGAUAAUUGCUCGUGGGCGCAAAAGGUACCGACAGUAUUAGAGUAUUCGCCAAAGCUAUUACAUAUUCGAGGACACAAUAACUUCUUAAAUCUGUGUACUAGAAACCAUACACUGGAGUCGGAGUUCUAUCUUUGGGAGAUUUGAACACCUGCUUGCCACGAACAUUAGUAUGAUUUGAAUGAAACCUGAAAAGACGAAGACAAAGUCACAAAAAAGAAAAUAUAUAGGCGGAAUGGCAUUGACAGCUAAGAAUGAAUGGCUCGUGUACAAGAGCCCGCUGUGGCACAAGGACGUUGUCCAGGAAACCGUGAAGCCGUUGCCUAGUUACAAACAAUGCAAGGCCUUGGAGACGGACUUCGUUAAUGACGCGAUUCGUACCAACGUGUAUUCGUACUCGAGAAAGAAGCCGAUCAUACCUGUAUAUUCAGCGACGAAAGACAAAUACGCUCAGGCAUAUUUCCAGUGCCCGUUGGUGAAGGCAAUCAUGUCAACAGACGAAAAGGAGAUGAAGACGCGUGAGAUGCUGAAGGAAGAGAAGAACAUCAACAAGCUUUCUCACCGCCACCGCGUGCAGCGCACCCCUGGCGUCAACGAGAUCCGGGCCAGAGAGGAAAAGUUCACCAACGACGCAAUUGUUACAGAAACGCGACGGACGCGGUUCAAGGACAUCAUACCCCAGUACGACGCCAGCGCGGACCGCCAUUGCAAGGCGUACUUCCAACGUCAGGACGUGCAGCGUCUCAUUAGCGUCACGCGCUCAAGAGAGGAAAAUAAAAUGUACAAACAUUGGCAGCGACGACAAACCAUUGCGCAAACGUACACAUUUCCCGCCUUUAACGAAAAUGACCGACCCCAGCAGGAAGUGUGACCCCAGGAGUGCCGACUGUGCGAUCCACCCCGAGACCGACCCCCGGAGCGACUCCAUUCUAACCCUUCUACACGAAUAUCAAACCAUUUCCAAUAUGGCAGAGGAACGACAGACGAAAUCAGCCGC